GGGCCCGUCCCAGUCCCAGUCUCAGAUGCAGGCUCAGUUUCCGGCUUCGUUUCCGGAUACGUUUAAGCAUUUCUUUGAAAUUAUGAACGAAGAAGAGGAACAAAUUGAACUCUUUGCUAAUCUGCUGGAGAACAAGGUAAUACCUAGAGACAUCCAUCCAAUGAAUAACCAACGUCAGCGCUGUGGUGGCAGCUCGCGCAGUCACAGCAGAAAUAACAGUCCACGUGGCGGACAGUCCCAUUCCCAUUCCCAUUCACAAUCCCAACAUCCCUCUGCUCAGCACUCUCCUGCUCAGCAUUCUCCUGCUCAGCAUUCCUCUGCUCAGCAUUCCCCUGCUACGCAUUCACAGCAUUCUCAACGUCAGCAGCAUAUCCAGGCUCAUCGCAACCAGCAACAUGAGCAGUAUUUAGGAGCUUCACGCGGUCGUAGUGGUAGCACUGCCGACAUGUCACGGGCCUUGGACAUGGCCAGAGCCGAGGAUGAUAACGAGGAUGAUGACGAGUCUGUCACCGACUAUCGUGUCAGGCAUGGUAUUUCCUAUCGAUCGGGUCGCGGACGUCGCUAUAGCACCGGCACUGCGAUCAUCCACAGACCGGCACUUAUCUCCACGGACUCCAGUGGCAGUAGCACUGCCAGCAUGAUACAAUUUGACAUGGGAACGAUGCCAGUGGCACGUACAGCAGUUCGUCUGCCAGGUCGGACUGACUAUUCACGCCGUUCGCUACCCUCCGAUGGCCAGUAUGUGCGGCCAGAUAUCGACAAGAACGAUCAUACUAUGAUCAGUAGACAGCAGUAUAUGCAACAGGACAUCGAUCUGGAUGCUUACCAUCAGCAACAGCAACAGCAAAAGCAACAGCAACAGCGUCAUCUACAACAGAUGCGUCAGGGUCCAGAUGGCGAGGAUAGUUCACGAGAUAGUGGCCCGGGUCCCAGCAGCUUUUUCAUCAAUCGCAUGUUGGCCGACGGUGCCAGGGAGCGCCAACAACAGCUGCAGCAGCGCCACUCUGUCAUCCUCGAGCGGGCCUUUGAUUUUGACACCAGCUGUGACGAGAGCGAUGGGUUGAGCAACGCCUCACCGAUACCAGUGCCCUCGCCAGCCCCCCAUCAGUUGGCCUACAAUGUGAUGAGACCGAUUCUGAGGCAGCCUCAACUGGUGCAUCUGCAGCAGAAACAGCAACAGCAGCAGCAACAGCAACAGCCGCAGCAGAAACCAUGGCAGCCGCAACAACCCCAACCAUAUGUGAUGGGUGGCAGCACCUGCAAUUUAUCGCGCUUGGAGAGGGAGCGAGUGCGGGAGCGAGAUCGUGAUCGGGAUCGGGAUCGUGAUCGGGAUCGGGAAGAGGAGCGCGGACGCUCACGACAGAGGACUUGGCAGACGCAGCCAAGCACAUCAGUUGGUGCCAGGCUAAGCACAUAUAAUGAUUUUGUCAAUGCAGCCGCAAGCGGUGGUCUCGUCAACGGCUCCAGUCGUUCUGUGCACUUGCAGCAAAACAUGCACGCCCAGGAAUCACCGAUAUUGGGCAGACGUCGCUCGUCAUCGAUAGCUGCCAAUCUGUUGCACAACGACCAGAUCUACAAUCGCAACAGUGAUUGUUCGUCGCCCGAUGUCGAGGAUGUGUCGCAUGAGUCGUACAACCCCAGCAGGGAGCGCAUGUCGCUGGCCAAAUCGCCGGUCGGCCGUGGAAAAGAAAGUGGCGUUUUAACAUUUCAGCAGGCGAUGUCCGGUGCGGUAUCGCCGCAGUAUGCGGCAACUGCAGCCGCUGUCGGUGGCACCACUGAGCUGCGCGCCUCCUGCACGGCACUCUCAACGGUUAUCGAGGGAACAACGAGUGGCGCCGACACCAAUACGCCCAGCAAUGAGAAACCACCACCGUCCCAGGCCCCGUCAGAGCCGGCACACAGCAGCCAGAAACGUGAUCGCGGCGUUGGCGAAUCCUCAGCCGGUAUCCUUAAGGUUCAGAUACACAGCAGUACGCUCAACAUUGGCGGCACCCAAUCCGGUCGUCGGUUGUCGGUUCGCCAGCGUCUCAGAACAUCGAGUAUGCCCGCCGAGGGUCGUAAGCCCCCUCGCCUCGCAGACACCCGCUCAACGAUGCGCUGUGACGAGGAUGGCGUCAUUGAGUUUUACAGAGUUCGCAGCUUCAGCAUUACAACGCAUGGCGUUUGCAACUUGGGCGAUUCAAUGCGCAGUCGCAAGUCGCGUUCGAUCAAUUCUGUGACAUCGACGGGCACUCCAUCAACCUCACAAAACAUGGAUCGUCACAAUAGCAAUACGUCGCGAACAUCAGGUGGAGCAACAUCGAAAACUGAUCUACAGCCGGAUCCGGAAAAGCAGACGACGGAGAGGGCUGAGGAUGUUCCGGUGUUCAAUAUAGCCAUGCUUGGUGCAUCCGGUGUGGGCAAGUCAGCGCUAACCCGUCAAUUCGCCAACUCCGACUUCAUCUGCGCCUACGAUUGGAGCUUGGAUGAUGAGUAUGGACAGAAAACUGUGACCGUUGUGGUCGAUAACGUUGAAACAGACUUGGAAAUGAUUGAUCAUCCAGCCUGCGAAAUGUCGACAGAGGCAUUCUGUGCAACGUACAACAUUGAUCUGUUCGUCGUCGUCUAUUCGGUGGUGAAUCGCGAUACCUUCGAAGCAGCCGAGAGAGCGCUGACCUAUCUCAAGGAGAACGACAUGCUGUUGUCACGCGGCGCCAUCCUGGUGGGCAACAAAGCGGAUCUGGAGCGGAAGCGUGUGGUAUCCCGUCAAUUGGGCCAGCAGCUGGCCGAAAGGAUACCCUGUAAGUUUAUCGAGACGUCGUCGGGCAUUUCGCACAACGUGAACGAGCUGCUGGUGGGCAUUGUGGCCCAGGUGAAGUUCAAUCCGUUGCGCAUAAGUCGCCUCACUGAGAGUGAGCGGCAGCGCCUGAACUCCCUCAGCACCAUACAGAAUCAUCGGUGCAUGCAUCUGCCGGCUCGUCGCAUUGUGCGCCAAAUGAGCGUCUGUCACGACGACCCAAUGGAUACCGAUGAUGAAGAGGCGCGGGCACAGGCACAGGCACAGGCACUCACACAGACACAGACACAAGCACAGACACAGGCGCAUUCGCUGGCUCCAACUCAUUCACGGAGUCAUCAAGUGCGAAGGCCGAUUCGACGCACCAUUAAUCUGGAGAGCAUAUUGAAGAUGGGCGACAGCGAGCUGGAGGACGAGGACACCAACGAGACCAGGCACGCCUUGAACGCGUUGAGCAAGUUUGAGAUGAUCACCGGUGGGAUGCAGCAGCAGCGUCGUGCCAAAGACAAGAACUCCACCUGUAAAUCCAAAUCGAGCUCGAAAUCCAAAUCGAAAUCACAGCAACCCUUCGAUGAAGACGGCCCAUCCACUUCAGCAGCGGCUGCAGCGGCAAUGCAGCAACGCAAUCGAGAUCGAGCCAGAGACAGUGUUGCUGAUGACGACAACAUCGAUAUGAGGCAUGAGCCUGAGCAGGAUGACGAUGACUCGAACAGUAGCGGCAUCGAUUGCAAUCGCAAGGUGGUCACCAAGCUGACAAGGCGCACCAAGAUCAUCAUUGCGUCGGUGGUCCGCUUAAAGAACCACUUGAAGCGACGCAACGCCAACAGAUGCACCGAUUUGUUUGUCCUCUAAGCAGAUGAAAUCUGUGUUGCUGUUGGUGUUUUUAAUAAACUGAGGCAUAGACUGAAUGUGGAGAGGAGCCGCGUCGCUGAGAAAGUCGAACAACGAGGCAGGGUUAUGUGCAAUUAUUGACAACGUGGUUUAUCCAAAUAUGAAUAGUUUU